AUGUCUUUUCGUAAGAGAAAUAUCGGUUUGUCGACGGGAGGCGACCGUGCAGCUCCCGUCUCUGCCGCAGCUCAGCCGCAGCAGCUGGCGUCUGCUGCAUCUGCGCCAGAAUCGACCCCCGGUGUGCGCCCCUCCCCCGACGAUGGGCGACCGACGACUUCAACGGGCACGCCGUCGCUCGAUAACAUCCUCGCUGGGCAUGGAGGGCUGCCUAUUGGCAAGACGCUGCUAGUGGAGGAGAAUGGAACGACGGAUUUCGCGGGUGCUUUGCUACGAUACUAUGCCGCUGAGGGUGUGGUGCAGGACCACAGGGUCCAUGUCGUGGGAAUGCCGGAGCAGUGGGGGAGAAGUCUCCCAGGACUGAUAGGGCCGGCGGAUGCUGUGGACGACAAGCAGGACAAGCGGAAGGGCGAACGAAUGAAGAUUGCGUGGAGGUACGAGCGCCUAGGAGAGUUCGGGGCAGGCAUUGCAGGAUCCAGAGUGCCUACAGCUACGCCCGGGGAGCAGGCUCAACCUACUGCAGAGGGUAGUCCGGACAAGCGACCUGCGUUCUGUCACGCGUUCGAUUUGACAAAACGACUCACACACCCUUCGAUCGCCAAUCUCAACUACAUCCCGCUCGCCCCGUCGAACGAGCCCCUGCUCACCACCGUACACAAAAAGCUUGAUGCUGCGAUCACGUCGAGCCCUUCCAGCACUGUCCAUCGCAUUGUAAUUCCCUCCCUACUGAACCCCACGAUAUAUCCGCCCGAAUCGUGUCAACCUGACAGUGUUUUGCCGUUCCUGCACUCUCUGCGAGCAUUGCUCAACAGACCCGGCGUGCGAGCCACGGCGAUGAUCACAAUUCCCUUGUCUCUCUUCCCUCGAGCCUCGGGUCUCGUGCGGUGGAUGGAACUCAUCAGCGAUGGCGUCAUCGAGCUCUGUCCGUUCCCUCACUCCGCCGAUGCACUCGCAACCUCCGGCGCCGCCACUUCGCACGAGGAGCCGCCCCAAGGAAUGCUGAAGACCCAUCGACUACCCGUCCUGCACGAGCGAGGCGGCGGUAGUGACCAGAAGGUCGGCCAAGACUGGGCCUUCACAUUGAGCCGCAGGAGGUUCGAGAUCAAGCCUUUCAGUCUUCCGCCAGCCGAAGGCGACAAGGAAGGCCAGGACGGCGCGGCUUCCGGCGCCAUGCCGAAGAAGGCGGAUCUAGAAUUCUGA